CACUGAGGCAGGUUUAAGGUGGAAAAAGAGGGGGAAACAUAUAUGACAUACAUGUAUAGGACAAGUCCAGUCUGGUCUUGAGGUCCUUCCCUCCUGUGUACUCCCCUACUGGAGCUCAGCCCCACCCCACACCUCACAUUCCUCUACAAAUACCCACUCUUCUUACACAUAGCACAUCAGAAAACAACAUCUUCAAAACAACAUAAAGCCAGGAACGAAGAAAGAACCUCGAGAAACACUGCACCUAAUUUUUCAAUUUUCAACUCAGGGACAGAGGACACAGAAUAAAAGAAUGGGAUCUUCUGCAGUUCAGAUUACAUGUGUGGCCAUCGGGGUCCUCGGCCUGGUUGGGGCCAUCGUUUGCUGUGUUGUCCCUCGCUGGAAAGUCUCCUCUUUCACAGGAUCCAACAUCGUGAUCGCACAGAGCUCUCAGGAGGGCCUGUGGAUGACAUGUGUGGUGCAGAGUACCGGCCAGCAGCAGUGCAAGAAAUAUGAAUCCCUGCUGGUGCUGUCCUCUGACCUGCAGGCCGCCCGUGCCAUGACCAUAAUCAGCUGCAUGUUGAGCGGCCUCAGCCUCCUCAUCCUGUUCUGCGGGGCUGACUUCACCACCUGCAUCCAGAAUGAAGACGCCAAGCCCAAGAUCAGCCUUGUGGCCGGGGUAGGCCUGCUGCUGGCCGGCCUCCUGGCGAUCAUCCCUGUCAGCUGGUCCGCACACAUUGUCGUGCGAGACUUCAACAACCCUCUGGUGCCUGCUUCCCAGAAGAGGGAGCUGGGAGCGUGCAUCUUUGUGGGCUGGGCUGCUGGCGUGCUGCUCCUUCUGGCUGGAGGUCUGCUGUGCUGCUUCAGCAGGCCCAAUUCUGGCUCAGGGGGAACCGCCAAGUACUACAGCAACGGCGCCUCUGCCCCUAACAAAAACUACGUGUAGUGCCUUUAUGAGAGGGACUGGAGUUUGACAGAAAGCAUGGGAGGGUGAUUUAGUUGGUGAAAGACUGGGAAGAAACAAAGUCGACAACAUCAGGAAAAAGAAAAAGUCUCAGUAAAUAUCAUAUUCUGAUGAUGAUAACUGGCUCCAGUUUUUUCUUUCACAUUCAAAGCUAUGCUAGUGUUUUUAUUUUAAAGCUAUUUUACUAUCAGGUUCUGGGUUAUGCAUAAUCAUAUACAGGCUGUAAAUUGCAGAUUAAACUCACGACAUUUUGUGGUCUUAGAAUUAAAAAGGUUUUAUUUGGGUUUCUGCUUUGACAUAUACAACAUCAACUAUGAUCUCCCAGCUACAAAACAGUUGUAUUCUCCCUGUUUUUCUUUUCUGAUUUCAAAAAAGAACCAUACAAGUAAAAUCCAAGAUUAUGAAAAUGUUAAAAAUAUAUUUGUGAGAAGAAAAUGAUCUGAUAAAAAUGCUAAAUGACCUUUAUUUAGAUGCACUAGUGGCUCAUAUUUUACAUAUAGUUUGGAUCAACCAUUCUGCCUCUGUUGUAUGUUCGCUUGUUUGUUUCUCUCUCAUCUUUAAUGUUUAUAUAUAUAUAUAUAUAUAUAUAUAUAUAUAUAUACCGUCAGAAAAAGCUAAACAAAGGCCUCAGGGAGAAUCUGUGUGCACUUCUCUGAUGACAAACGUCCACAUGACUUUUCACAGCAUUUUAUAAAACUUUUGUUAUUGCUCAUUUUGUUUUGUUUCUCAUUUUGUAUGAUGAUGAGUGCAAAUGAUUAAAAGUUGGUCUAAUUCAAA